GCUUCUUCCUCAAGUCCAACUUCAACUAACAGCAACUCGUCGACAUCAACGUCUAGACCUGCUUCUUCCUCAAGUCCAACUUCAACUAACAGCAACUCGUCGACAUCAAACUCGUCGACAUCAACGUCUAGAAUGCCUUCCUCUUCAUCCUCUUCU